AAAAAUUAGAGGGAAAGGGAGAAAGUGGGACCCACUCAUUGGAGAUUCUUGCCGGAAAUUUAAGAGUGAUAGUGCUACUCUAACGUUUUACAAGUUUGUGGUAGUUGUUUUAAUUUUUUUUUAAAAGGUAGUUAUUUUCAAAACAGAGACUUAAUUUGGUAGUUGUUAGACAAAAUUUCAUAAGUUAUACGAAUGUAUAUGGAUCGAUUUUGGAGCCGGUUAAAUUCGGUGAUUUUGGUCUAAAUCAAUUUGAUCACUACAAUUAGAUCAAAUAAUCAAAUCGCUCUACACUUUUACCUCCUUCCCUUUCCCAAAAAUUUGGAGAUGACGGCAUGAGAGUAGUCUAAAAUGAUAGUGGUGUCUGUAAAAGAAGGGUAGAGACUAGAGAUAAAAGAAGAGUGAAGAGAAAGAUGUCGACUCGGUCGAAUUUGUAUAAGAACCCUUCCUUUUCUUACAAAAAAGCUUACAGCCUCUCCUCCAUUAUUCAGAAUCUUCAAACUUACAAUGCCAUCACCGGCAAUGCUACGCCGUCUAACGAUUCGCCGGCCCCCGCUCUGAAUCCCAAGCCCCGCCCUAAACGACGUCGUCGGCAAUCCACCAAUCCCUGCCAAGGCCAAAUUGAAGUCGAUGAUGGGCCUAUGUCUCACCAGGAUUACAUCCACUUACGAAGGCAAGAAGCUGCUUCUUCUUCUUUUCAGGGGUACCAGAAAUUAACCCCAGAUGUUCUGGGUUCAUCUGCUUCUGGUUUACAUUUGGUGGAUUACGCAAGUGACAGUGAUGAUUGUCCUUCAGUAUCAAAACAACUAUCAGGACAGCCAAAUUUAGAUCAUGUGGAGCAAGCUGAUCAUACAAAAAGUAGAAGUGAGCAACGAUUUCCUCUACCUGGUGAACCUGUCUGUGUUAUUUGUGGUAGAUAUGGGGAGUACAUAUGUGAUGAGACUGAUGAUGACAUUUGUAGCAUGGAUUGCAAGGCUGUGCUGUUAAAGCAAAAGCAUGAUGGCCCUGCUGAGGGUGUUGUUAAUAGUGAAGUGAUUUUGUCUACAAAUGAACCCCAAGGAUCAUUAGUACGAUCUGAAUUAGAAGAAGACACUUGGGACUUUGAUCUUAAUAGAUGGUCUACAAAGAGAUCUUGCUUAUCGACUUAUGAAUGUUGGAAGUGCAAUAAACCUGGUCAUCUUGCUGAAGAUUGUUUAGUAUCCAAACCUUGCCUCCAAGCUUUAAAUUUGACUCGAAUUUGCAGUCAGGGUGCAGUAAAGCCAAAGAGACCUGUGUUCAUAUCCGCAAAACUUCGUGAAUUGUACAGAAGAUGCCACCAGAUAAACAAGACCUUGGUGAAUGCUAAGUGCAAUGCAUGCUGCAAUUCUAUCUCCUUGGCGACAUGCCUUGAUUGCAGUACCAUAAUUUGUGACAGUGCAGGCCAUCUCUCUGGGCAUAUAUCAGCUCAUCCUGCACAUCAACAUAUAUACUCUCAUAAACUUGAGCGCUUGGUCAAAUGCUGCAAGUCAACUUGUGAAGUGACUGAUGUCAGGGAUCUUUUAACUUGCCACUACUGUUUUGACAAGGCAUUCAACAAGUUCUAUGAUAUGUAUACUGCAACAUGGAAAGGAGGUGGGCUUGCAAUGGUCUGGGGAUCCAUUUGCUGCGAGGAUCAUUUUGAAUGGCAUAGGAUGAAUUGCUUGAAUGCAGAUGCAGAAGAUGGAUCAUACAUCUUCCGGCGAGGUGCUGGAAGAGGAAAGAAUGAGCAAAUCAGCAACUUCAUAUUUUAGUAGGGUCAAUCUCCACCAACAUUCAGUCGUGCAAUCACUUUGCCAGAUACAGCGGUUAGUGCACUAACUGAGUUCAUGGAGCCUGAGAUACCAGGGACAAGAUCAAGGUCUAGAAGAAAGCUCAUUGUAGUUCCUUGGAAUAUGCAGGUUUCUCUGAUUCCAUCUAUGAAUCAUAGAAUUGCUACAUAAUUUCACCUCUAAUCAUAUACCGGACAUUGGUCCAGAGUUUUCUCUUCAAAAUCCUUUUAUAAGAUGUUAGUAUGGUCGCCAGAGUCAAGACAAACCCUUGGUGAUCGUGGAAUAUUGGAAAAAGAUCUGGUCACUAAUUGACUUCCUGAAAUCUGCUUGUUUGCCACUGAGUUGUGCAAAUGUAUAUGCAUUUAUGCAGUGUAUCAUGAUUUAUUGUAGGACUGUAGCAGAUAGUGUUUGUUGUAAAUAUGUUUUACCCUCUGUUUCCUCUUAUAGCUCUCAAUUAGACAUCCAUUUUUUGGGAUCGUCAUCUGUGAACAUUGUACUCCAUAUUUCCUUGUUCUUGGUUUUAUUAAUAA